AUGAACAGGCGGAGAAGCAAGCUCACUGCACGUCUGUGGAGGUUUUCUUCACAAUGGUUUCUAAUCCCGCAAGGGACAGGAAUCGUUGCCAUCAUCCUCCAUCAGCUUAAAUAUCAGUUCCAUGGCCUGGAGACCAUCUCCGAGAUCGUCUGGGUAUACACCAUCGUCCUGCUGUCGGUGUUUAUACUGUUGUAUAUGCUUCGCGUCUGCGUCUAUCCACGUCAUGUCGCCGCCGAGUACCGCACCAACAUUGCCGAAACGUCGUGUCUCGCAAGUAUCGGCAUUGCGUUGACAACUAUCACACAGAUGAUUGCACUCACGCUGGUCAAACAAUGGGGGCCCAGCUGGGGCAUUGUCGCCUACGUGUUCUGGUGGAUCGUGACUAGCAUGGCGGUGGUCUCUCUUCACCUCAUCACCUACGUCCACGUCAAAGUCCAGCCGCCAGGAGUCACGGAUAUGUCACCACAGAUGCUACUUCCUCUCAUCGCAGCAUUGACCUCGGCCGCGGCCGGUGGCACUCUGUGUGUCUACGGCGCCUUGAGCCCGGCACUGCAGGGACCAAUUUUGGUUGUCGCAUAUCUGGAAAUCGGCGCCGCGCUGCCGUUGGCAAUAUGCAUGGUCGGGAUCUUUCAGUCCCGGCUCAUCAACCGAGGCUUUCCGAGUAUCGAACAUGUAUGCGAGGACAUGAUUCUCUGCGGACCGUUUGGCCAGGGCAGCUUCGCCCUGCUGAUCGCCGGGAGAGCCAUUCAGAAUAACGUGUCUAGUGCCAAUGUCAGCCAAUAUAACCUUGGCGAUUUUCUGACAGCUCAGUCUGCAGGGGCGCUCGGCACUGCAAGCGAAUUUGCUGGGCUGCUGGUGUGGGGAUGCGCAACGUUUUGGUGGGUUUAUGGGGUGAUUGGGAUCGUGCACACGCUUGCGGUGCAGAUGUAUCGAACAGAGACAAGGCAAGGGUUGAGAUUUUCGAUGGGGGCAUGGUCGCUUGUGUUUCCCAUGGGAGUCUACACAAACGCAACCGUCCAGCUGGGCCAAUUGAUGCACUCGCCGGCUUUCAAUGUCUGGUCAACGAUCCUCCUGAUAAUGCUGCUACUGAUAUGGAUCGCCAACCAUGUGUUUACCAUCAAAGGCCUGAUUACAGGAAGCCUUCUGGGUCCGGAGGCGUUGGGGCUGAAGCAAGAACGGAGCGCUGUGUAG